AUGACAAUAGUUUUGGCUCAAGCUAACAAAGAACGCGAACAAUUUGCUGAUCUAUUACAGAAACGAAAACAUCUCAAUGGCUAUUGGGUAGGCAAACGAUAUAUUCUUGCAUCGGAUGAAGAUCCAUCAUUUGAUAGUGAAGAAGACCUUUCAGCUGGAAAACGAGCAUCCUAUUUAGUGGGCAAGCGUGGUACAUAUUUGGUUGGUAAACGUGCCUCGUAUCUGGUCGGACGUAAACGACGUGAUCUGAUGGCUAACAAUAAUUUACAACAAUAA